CAUAAAUAUUACUAUGUGAUAACAUACCUAUUCAUAAAUAUGUGAAAUGGAAAGUUUGGGGCUGGUUCUCGACGCUGUUUCGCUCUUCGGCCGCCAGGGGUCGCUGCAGGGGAGUGAGUUCCUCUGUUCUGUGAUGUGUAGGGGGUCCAGUAUGGUCCAGUCACACAGACCUGCGUUUAGAAGAGCAGGAAAAACUUCAGCAGAGACGUGUCUUCUGAAAACGAGCUUUUCACACUGUUCUCAAGACUCGGAUCAGGAGCGGAGCACUUCUGGAAGCGCGCGAACAUGGACGAUCUAGACGCAUUGCUUGCAGAUCUUGAGUCUUCCACAGCCCAUAUCUCCAAGUGCCCAGUGUUUCUACCCGAGGAGACGCCAUAUUCCUUUCCCACUGGUGGACACCUCUUCCAGGAUGAAUCUCCUCCUCCGCCGCUGCCCCCUCCUCCCUCAGCGGAGGCCCUGAACGGAUCGCUGUCCCCGCAGCAGGACUCCCAACACUCCUCACAACAGUCUCUGGGCUCUGCUCAUAAAAGCACGUUGUCUCGGGACAGCAGUCCUCCAGCCUCGCAUACAGAAGAAGACCACGUUUAUAGUUUUCCUAACAAGCAGAAGCGUUCAGACUCUUCGGCCGCAGCUAUGACUUCUGCCCUGGGCAGCAACUUGUCUGAACUGGACCGCCUUCUUCUGGAACUCAAUGCUGUACAGCAAAAUGCCCCAUCUUACUCCACAACAGAAGAUGCUGCACCUCCAUUGCCGCCCUGCAGUGUUGCCCACUAUAUCCAGGAAAAUGGCGCCCACCCAGGCAUCGCACUGACACCGGCAGCCCAGGACAAGCCUCAGAGGAAUGGUACGAAGGGGACAGAAGAUGGCCGUUCCACUGUAGAAAGUCUUCUAAAUGAGUUGGAGAGCUCUGUGCCUUCCCAAACGCCAAACCCCUGUGCUCUGACGAGAGUAUUGACGGACGGACAGGUGGACACAGCUUCCGAGCAGCAGGGCAGAAUAUCAGCCACCUCCGCUACACGAGAACUAGAUGAGCUCAUGGCAUGCCUGUCAGAUUUUAAGCCAAGUUCACUGGGUUCCCUGAACUCUGAGUUAAUGUUUGAGCAAACUUCUACAGUCGCUGAAAUCCACCCUCCCCAUACAACUGCCGUGUCCAAAUCCCUGUCCCCUAAUUUUACCCAAUAUUAUCCAAGUCUCUCCCCUCUUUCAAACUUUGAUUUGCACAUUGUGGAGGAUUCUGGUGAACCGGGGGCUCCACCUCAACCAUCGAGUGUUGUCCCAAAGCCUUACUCUCAACUGUCUCCACCUGUAGCAUCCAGUCCUCGUUGUUCUCCAGUACCUGACCUGGGCUUGGAUUCUUCCAUUGAGGUUUCUGCUUCCCUGCUCUCCUCCCAGGUGGAGUCUCUAGUGGCUCUGUCUCAGACUGUAACCACGACUUCCACAUCUGGAGGUGGGGACAUGUGUAGUAUCAGGGAGAGAAGUCCUUCUGCCAAAUUGCCAAACACUGGGCUGAAGUCCUAUUUACCUAUUAUCAAGUCUCCUAGUCCAACAAGUGCCCCAGCGGUCAGCAGAUCCAAUGAAAGAGUUAGUCCAUUGUUGACACCAGCAUCUAUUCAUCUGUAUCUCUCUAGCUCUGAAGCAAAACCUAUGAGUCCAGUCCCAUCUCUUCCUAUAUCUCCUCUUCCUGCAGUCUCUGAAUCACCAUCUCUGUCUCUUCCCAAAGCUGUUUCAACCCCUCCAAUCCUGUACUCUUCUUCGUCUGUAGUGGUUCCCAAUUCCCCAAUCCCAAAACCAUUAUCGGGACAGUCUGAUUCAACUGUUUCUCUCAAACCCCUUCCUCCCACUUGGCUUGAAUCCGCAAAAUAUGAGCCAUCUCUUGAUGAUGCCUUGGAUAACCUUCUUGCCAUGAGCUUCAGCAGGCCUGAGAACGAGGCUCCAAUCACAGCAUCAACUGCCUCACAGCUUGCUUCAGAAGUGCAAUCAGAAGUUUACGAGGAGACAAGAGUUGCAGCCGAUCGCAGCAACAUUUAUCCUGACAUUCACACAGAAAGUGAAGUUGGGGAUGGGCUCUUGGAGGAUCAGUCGGACUGCAGGAGUGAUCUUGACUGGGCUGACAUGGAACUGAAGAUGGCCUAUGAAGGACCAGAUGGCUCCUUGACCCCCAUGACUGAGGCAAGCUGGAUGGAUGACUCCCUCACUCCGUCAUCUUGCCCUGGAACCCCAGAUGCCCAGAUGGACAUUCCCAUGCUCCAUAUGGCUGGCACGGUAGACAGGAUCUCAGCCUCUGGACAUAUCAAAUCAGUUAUUAGACGUACCAAGGAGAUUCAAAACGUCCACCCCAUGUACCGAGAUGGCCUGAUACGUAGGAAGAUGGGCCCCCUGAUUUUCCACAAGAGCAACUCCCAGGACCGGCUCAUUGAGGAACUGCAAGGCAAGCUGGGAAUUGCCCAUAAGAAUCGUCCAAAAAAGCAGCAGCCAGAUGAUUGGCUCACAGAAGGCGUCAUUGUCAUGUCCAACCCCAAGCGCUCACGGGAAGACCACAACAGGGAGGUGGAUAAGAUAAUCAUACCUCCAGAGUCUCCUCUUCCACAGAGGAAGGUGAUUCCACCUCCCCAGUCUCCCCCAAUCCCUCGCCCCCCUCCCCCUGCUGAAGAACCAAAGCGCCCCUCUCCGGUCAGAUUAGCUCCUGUCCCUGUACCUCCACCCCCACCACCUGCCCCUUCCCCACCUCUAAGAGAGCCCACGCCUCCUCCCCAGCCAACACCACCUCCAGUUCCAUCCAAGCCCCUGACCCCUGAACCUGUGGAGGUUCCAGCUCCUUCCCCAAAGCCCAACCCUGCACCCCAACCCACACCCCCACCACUUUCCCCUGUGGCACCACCCAAAGUGCUGGUGUCAGUUGGCUGCCAGACGGAGUAUGACCCACUCUUCCCUCCACUGCAGAUUAUGUCCCAGGGAAAGGGUCCGCAACCACAGGUUAAUAAACUGGACAACAUGCUGGGCAAUCUUCAGUCUGACCUCCACAAGCUGGGAGUGCAGACAGUUGCUAAGGGAGUGUGUGGCGCCUGCUGCAAACCCAUUGUUGGCCAGGUGGUAACUGCCAUGGGGCGCACAUGGCAUCCAGAGCAUUUUGUGUGCACGCACUGCCAGGAAGAGAUUGGUUCCAGAAACUUCUUUGAGAGGGAAGGACAGCCAUACUGCGAGAGAGAUUACCAUCAUUUAUUCUCUCCGCGCUGCUUCUACUGUAACGGACCCAUACUGGAUAAAGUGGUGACAGCGUUAGAUCAAACAUGGCAUCCUGAGCACUUUUUCUGUGCUCAGUGUGGGGCGUUCUUCGGUCCUGAAGGAUUUCAUGAGAAGGAUGGAAAGGCGUACUGUCGUAAAGACUACUUCGACCUCUUUGCUCCUAAAUGUGGAGGCUGCGCUCGUGCCAUCCUGGAGAAUUACAUCUCUGCCCUGAGUGCCCUCUGGCAUCCUGAGUGUUUUGUGUGCAGGGAGUGCUUCACACCCUUCAUCAACGGCAGUUUCUUCGAGCACGACGGUCAGCCGUACUGCGAGGUUCAUUAUCACGCCCGCCGCGGGUCGCUGUGUUCCGGCUGUCAGAAACCCAUCACGGGCCGCUGCAUCACAGCCAUGGGCAAGAAGUUUCACCCUGAGCAUUUUGUCUGUGCCUUCUGCCUCAAGCAGCUCAAUAAGGGCACCUUCAAAGAGCAGAACGACAAGCCUUACUGCCAGGGCUGCUUCAUCAAGCUCUUCAGCUAGAAAGAUGUCUGACUGACUGACUGAGUGUGUGUGUGUGUGUGAGUCUGCAUAUUGUAUUGUUUGCCUCUCUUGUGUGUAUGUUUAUAUUUGAUAAUCAGGUUCUUGACGUCCCCACAUGUCAUUGCUGGUCAGAUUAAAACGUUUGUGCCAAUAGUACGUGCUCUCAAAAGCCAGGUUGUUUUUAGAGGAAAGUUUAGCUGAGACCGUUGAGUUCUUUUUAGAGAAAGUGUGUGAAUGUGUUCUGCUCACUGGAUGAGCUGGAGACACUGUUUGAUGAUGAGAACAGUUCAGGAGGGAUGAUGGGAAAUAUGUGCAGUGUGAACGUAUGAGACACAAUCAGUAGAGGUAAAUGAAAACAGCUAAACGAGUGACUGGAAGUCACAAAUGAAUAACCAACUGGAGCCAUUCAUUACUGCUGACUUUCAUGAAUUAAUCCAGGUCAUAUAUCAAUCUGAAAGAUAAGAAAUUAUAUUUUUCAAUAAAAACAUUUAAGCCAUUUUAAGAAUAUAUAUAU